UCACUUUUGUUUGCUUUGAAAUACGGCGGUUAAUUUCCAAUUUUAAUUUUAAUUGUGAACUUUUAUAAUUGUUACUAGACGAUAGUGUGCGAUUUGUUUUUUCAUUAUUGUGUAUUUUUAUGGCUUGUAAUGGAAAAUUAUCAAAAACAUCCAAUCAAAUUAUUAAUCCAAGACAUUUUUCGUGCCAAACAAACUGAAAACAAAUAUGUUUAUAAAUUAUUUGAUUUAUCUUUUAAGAAUGUAAUGAUACACGGUGUAGUUACAUCUGUUUAUAAUACUACAACAUUCACGACAAACUUGGAGUUGAGCGAUCCGACUGGCUGUGUACAGAUAUAUUACGAUACUAGAAAACGUAAUGGUAACAUAUCUCAGGAUGUUAUGAAAGACCUAAUUAGAAGUUUCGGAAAUUUCUCAAGAUCUGGGAAUGAUAAAGCUCCUUUCCUGGCUUCCUUAUUAAACUAUAUCGAGAAAAAACAUAAAAAUCCUAUUGAUUUUAAAGAAGGUUCUUAUGUUAAUGUGAUUGGCGAUAUUUUUAUUGAUAAUUUUCAAAACACCAGAAUGGUAUCGGCGUUUCAAAUUAAAUGUACGUCAGUUGAAUCGGACAUUAUAUGGUUAGAAGAGGUGAGAUAUUUGUAUAACAAAUAUUAUUUAUGUGAGAAAGAGAAAUGAUAUGUAUAUAUAUAAAUAAAUAAGAUAUUAACUUUAAAAUUAGUAAUAAAAACAAGCAGUUAAUAAAUUUUUAUGUUGAA